AUGGUAAGGCCGACCGCAGCUCCCGCGGGAGACGGUAUCCUCGGCCGCCCAGGGCCGCCCCCUCAACCUCGGCCGAACCGGAGGGACUCCGGCAGGGCCGCCGCCGGCCUCUGGGCGAACACAAGUUUAAAUAACGCGAGCACCCCCGUUUCCUCCUCGCGGGCCGCACCGGGCGCGCACCCGCCGCCGCGGGUCGCCAUGACAACCCGCCGCCCGCCUCCGGCCUCCCCUCAGUGCCUGGCCUCCGCCAAGACCCCCGCCCCUCCUCGGCAGGUGAGGCGGGCGCGGCUCUACCGAGCCCAGGGCGAGGCGCGCGGCCCGGGCCACCCGGCCGGGCCCGGAUUCGUCGUGGGCGCCCAGACGCCGCGGCCCUCGCUCACCUUGAACGGGUUAUUGAGAUCCGGGUCCGCAAACGGGUUACUGUCGAAAUCCGACAUCGCUCCGGCGCUCGGCGUCACCCCGACCCAGAGCCGAGAGAGCGAGACGAGGCGAGGCCGCCGCCCCCCUGCGCGCUCACGUCGUCGCCGCCGCCGCGCAGCUCCCUCGCCGCUGGGGCCCAAACAAAGGCUAAGACCCUGAGUGGCCCAGCCCAUGAAGACCAUUCCCACUGAGAGUCUGGACACAUCUCACACCGCAUCCCAAGCGAGAGGCCCCUUUCUUACAGCACCACUCUGCUGCUAAGGCAGCUUCUCUUCUGCCUUCUCUGUGUUUGCCACACUAGCAAGCGCAAGGACCGGGAGAGAGGCGGAGGGUCACCCAGAGACCCCCACACACAGCAGAUACAACACCUGUCUUCCAACAGAUCCGAAUGAACAGUAACUAUUUAUUAUGCAUCUACUAUGUUCCAAGACACUGAGGAUCAGUGGAACCAGCAUUGCAGGAUGAAAAUUUCCAGCUGUGCUCUGCGUAUGGCUAAUGAUCUUAGCACCUAAUGCAAACGUUUAAUAAAACUUCAUUGUUACACAA